AUGAAAGUCACUAAACCAUCAAAUUAUAAAAGAAGAACGAUGAAACAACUCGAUAUGGUUUAUUUAAUGAAGGUGGCACUUCAUGUUGAAGACAUGAAUGACGUCCAAAACAUUGAAAUGGUUAAUAAAAAAUGUGGGGUUGCAAUUAACUCAUUAAAAAUUAGCCCAUGGUUUACAUCAGAAAAAGACGUUAAUAAGUUUUGUAGAAUAUUUAAUCCACCGACCUGUAAUUGCAAUUUGUUGAAUGUUGAUGAAAGUGUAUUAAUGAAAGUUGAAAAGAUAAGGAAUUAUGACUUACAACAUUUUUUAAAGCGAGUAAUGGAAAAUAACCAAAACAAUCAAGUUGGUCAGGAAGAAUUAAGUAUGGCAGAAGAAGAAAAAGAAAGACUAAUUAAAAUUAUUCAAAAAGUGGAGUCUAUGACUUGUCUUUUUUAUGCCUCAGAGGAAGUGAUAGGAAUUAUUAUUCAAAACAUGAAAAAAGGAAUUAAAAUAAGAUGUAAUGAGUCAAUUGCAAAGAAGUUUGAUACAAUAUUUGAUAAAAUGAAAAUAAAUGAAUCAUUUUAUCCAAGCGAAAUGAUAGUUGUAGGAAGUACAAAUGGAAAAUGUAUUAAAAAUGUAGAAAAAAAGAAUGUACUAAUGAUUUGCUAUUGUCAAUUGACGGAUGAAAUAUUAAUGGAUAUACCAAAAUCUAUUCGAGUAUAUUCAACCAGAGUUUUUAUACCAGAAACAAACAAUGAAAGCAAUGUUAAACAUAUUAGAUCUUCACAUGAAUUAUUGUUUUCAAAUAUAAAACCUAGAUUUCAACAACCAUUUAAGGGCACUGUUGAUAUUAAAAUCAAUAUAAACGAUAUAAAUAACGAAGAAAAUAGAAAGAAAGUUCACCAAAUUAUUAAUGAUCUUUAUGCUAAUUCUCUUACAAUUUAUGAUAACAGAAAAGGACUGUUUGGACAAUGUAAUGAAUUAAUAGUAUUUGAAACAUCACAAUUACCUGAAUCUAUCAAAUAUAUUUCUUUUAGUUUAUCGGAUUCAAAAUUAAUAAUGAAUAACAAACGUAUUGAGUGUGUAGAAAUGCAUGGACAAGGAUCUUCACUUGAACUUCAAUCAAUAAAUAAUUUAAAACAGUUAAAACUACAGGGAAUUAAUGAAAUAAAGAUAAAUGAAAAGAAUGAAGAACAGGGAAUUACAACAACUAAUAAAAGAAGAUAUUGGAAAGAAAUACAAGAGAGUAUCUACACAUUCCAAAAUCUUGAAUUACUUCGAUUGGACUAUUGCUCUAAUUUAAAUAUUAGUUUAAUAUCAAAUAAAUUAAAGAGUAUUGAAGUAAUUAAUUGUAGAGAAUGUAAAAUUAAUAUUAAAUCAGAUUGUAUUGAAAGAUUGAAAUUAGAAAGAAAUAAACAAACACAAAUCAAAUUAUCAACAAAUAAAUCAAAUAAUAUUUGCAUUAGAGAAUGUGAGAAUUUCAAAUUUGAAAUAGAAUCUAAUAAUGAACAAAAUAUUGAAAUAAUAGAAGGAAAUCAGAUUAAUGUAAAAUCAAAAUGUCCAAUCAAUAAACUGAUAGUAUCACAAUCUAAACAAGUGAAUAUUACAGGAAAUGAAAGAUGUAAUACAAUGAAAGUUAUUGAAUCUACAAUCAAUGAAAUUGAUGUUAAACCAAAAAGAAUUAUAUUUAAAUCAAUUGAAGAAUACAUUAAAGUACCUCUGAAAGAAGCAGAAGAGAUAUAUAUUGUAUCAAUGAAAGAUUAUAUCUUUGAAGAAUUAUUUGAUAAAUGUAAGAAAUUAUGUAUUGAUGAAUGUGAGAAUUGUCAAUUCAUAAUCAACAAGAAUCAAAUCAAAGAAAUGAAAAUAACAAAAUGUAAAAAUACAGAAAUCACAGGGAAGUUAGAUAAUAUUGAAGAAAUCAUCACAAUAGAUAAUGAAGAAUGUAAUAUUCCAGAAACAAAGAAUGUUAUAAAAGAAGAUACAGAAAUAAUAGAAAUAAAUAAUACAAAUAAAGAUAUAGAAAUAGAAACAGAUAAGAAAUAUGUUAUAAUAAGAAAUAUUCAUGAUCAUAAUAUUAAAAUUAGAAGUAAUAUUAAUAGUGAUGUUACAAUAGAAAAUUGUAAAAAAUUCAGAUUUGAAGGAGAAUAUGAAGAAUAUGGAAAUAUUCAAUUCAUUAAUUGUAUGGGUAAUGAUACUCCAUUUAUUGGUGAAGAAACUACAACAAGAAUUGGAUGUGCUGAAUCAGUAAUGAUUAACAAAUUUGAGAAUAACUAUUUUAAAAUUGGUAAAAUUAAAAAAUCAUUAGAAAUUAUUGAUAGUCAAAUAGGUAUUGGCGUAUCAUCAAUUGAUGAUAACAAUAUCAUUGACAAAGUGCAUAUUGAAAACACUAAAUUAUAUGGAGGGGGUUCAAUUGUACCAUGUAACAAAGUCUGUAUAAUUAAUAGUACUGAAACUUAUAGUAUCAUUCGUCAGUGUAAAGAAGAACUUGUAUUGAAAAGAAUGAAUGACAUUAGAAUUAAAUUGAGUGAAUCUUUGAAGAGGCUUGAAAUGGAAGAGUGUUAUCUAAUUGAUAUUGAUAAUGACAUGAAAGGAAAAGAAGUUAAAAUGGUAAGAUGCCAUGAUAUAAAGAUAGUUGAUACAUCAAAUUCAAUCAACCAGAUUGACUGUGAUAAUGUUGAAGUAAUAACAGAACAACAAAAUGAAAUGAUGGGAGGAUUUGGAAUGAUGAGAGGAUUUAUUCCUAAUAACAUGCCAAUGGGAGGUUUUGGUGGUUGA